ACCUAAUUGAAAAGCAGCAGGAGGAGGAGGAGAGAGAGAGACGCGCUCCGCUGAGAAAAGUUUACUUGUUCUUCCUCCUCCACACAAUCUCACAGCUGAGGGCAUUGAUGUGAGCGCAGAGGCUUUCUGUUUUUACGCGCACUUCUUUCCCCCCCACAUCUUUCACCUUCACGCACAGAGCACAAGUCCACCUUCUCACCUAUAGUUUAGUACGCGUUAGUAUUUCUUUUGCUUCCAUUUUAUGAAUGAUUCUCUCUCGCAAUACUAGUACUCCUGAAAUAUCUUCGGAUACCCCGCCAUCCUCUUCCGCACGACCUCACCUCGGCACAUCUUCUCUCAAGUUCAAACGCCACCAGGACUUUCACUGCAGCUUCCGACGCACUUGGGGCAAAUAUCACCCGACAAAGAAAAACCUGAUACUUUGUGCAGCAGCUGAAGCGACCGUCGACAUGAGUCUCAAAGCAGAAGCGGAGCCGAAUAACAACGUUUCCAUGGAAGAGGAGGUACGGACACUGUUUGUCAGUGGUCUACCAGUUGAUAUCAAACCACGGGAACUUUACCUCCUCUUCAGACCUUUUAAGGGUUAUGAAGGGUCACUGAUUAAAUUAACAUCAAAACAGCCUGUUGGAUUUGUAACUUUUGACUGUCGAUCUGGCGCUGAAGCUGCAAAAAAUGCACUAAACGGUAUCCGUUUUGACCCCGAAAGUCCCCAGACCCUGCGCUUAGAGUUUGCUAAAGCCAACACGAAGAUGGCAAAGAGUAAACUGAUGGCCACACCGAACCCCACAAAUAUUCACCCUGCUCUAGGAGCACACUUCAUUGCACGGGACCCAUAUGAUCUCACAGGGGCAGCACUGAUCCCAGCAUCACCAGAUGCCUGGACUCCUUACCCCCUGUACACCACUGAGCUGACCCCAGGCCUCCCUCAUGCGAUGCGCUGGUACCCUACUCCCUCUGAUACUUCCCAGCCUGGAUGGAAGUCCCGGCAGUUUUGUUAGAUAUUUAGCUUCUGGAAACCACACCUUUACCCAGCUGAAGCGAGGUUUGCCAAGCUCUUCAAUAAUUUAAUCAGGUUUAUUUAAUGGAAAAUGUGCAUUAUUAUGAACAAACAGUAUUUAUAUCUCCUCCCAAUUGUCUCGGGGGGGGUGAGUCUGAGUUGAAACCAUCUUGCUGUCGACAAUCUAAGCUUAUCCUUGGCAAUUAUUGCGGUACCAUCUUGGCACUUAAACACCUCAUGCAAAGCCCAGUCAAACUCCGCGGAUCAUAAUUGCUGAGGGAAAACUGGCACAUUGAAGUUGGUUAUUGAGCUAAUCCUUCCAUGGGUCUCUGCUGCUCCUGGAAGGGUUAAAAGCAUUAAGUCAUUGCAUGUUAGUCUUGUGGCAUGAAUUUAGAAAGCAGAGUUCUGUGUAUCCUAAUUUUCUUAGUGUUUGAGUUGCCUCUUUACCCAAGGCUAGACGGCAAAAUGUUUUAUUUUCCUGUAGAACCUUGGUCUUACCUCCUGUGAAAGCUAGGCCUUUGUGUAAAUGGCUUAUCUCGCAUGGACCUUGUGAAUACAUCCCUAAAUUCUGACAAUCCCAGUCCUUAUGAUCAUAUCAAUGUCAUUAUUUGAGCAAAGUACAAGUUUUUGUACUUUUGCAUAAUGUAUGUUUAUGCAUUUUUGUGCAACUAAAUAAUGAACCUGUAUAAGUUGGAUGUUGUCGCUUGUGUUUUUGGUGUUUUUUUGAUCCUAUAAUCCUGUUGGCGUAGUCUUAAAGAAAAAGUGCAGUUUAAAAGUGACAUGACAAAACAGUAAUCUGAAUGUGGCUUAUGCCAUUCUGCUGAGAUUGCUACAAAUCAGUCUUUCAGAAUGUGAAAUUGCACUACAAAUGCAAAGGGAUGUUUUUCAGGGGGAGCUACUUUGAAAUGGGAAGCAGGAUUAGUGUAAUGGAUGGAUUUAGUUUGUGGUUUAGAACAUGUUUGUCUUUGUAUCUGCUGUGCAUAAGAUGUAAAAAAAAAACAAUUUCCAUCUUAUGAAUAAAAGAAGUAAAUGCA